AUGAAGCUGAGCUGCUGCCGAACGCUGCGUCGCUGGAACCGAGUCUGUCGCAGAAACUGUCGGACGGCCGUCAAAUCGGUGACGUUCUAUUGGCUCGUUCUGCUGCUCGUCUUCCUCAACACCUCGCUCAGCGCCUCCGAGCACUACAACCAACCUGAUUGGCUGACGGAAGUCCAAGACAUCGCCAACAAGGUCCUGCUGUCUCUGUUCACGGUGGAGAUGCUGCUGAAGAUGUACAGUUUGGGUCUGGCUCAUUACUUCGUGGCGUUCUUUAACCGCUUCGACUGCUUCGUGGUGUGCGGCGGCAUCAUGGAGACCAUCCUGGUGGAGCUGGGCAUCAUGCCUCCGCUGGGCAUCUCCGUGCUGCGCUGCGUCCGCCUGCUGAGGAUCUUCAAGGUGACACGCCAUUGGACGGCUCUGUCCAAUCUGGUGGCGUCGCUGCUGAACUCCAUGAAGUCCAUCGCCUCGCUGUUGCUGCUGCUCUUCCUCUUCCUCAUCAUCUUCGCUCUGCUCGGCAUGCAGCUGUUCGGAGGGAAGUUCAACUUCGACGAGACGCAGACCAAGCGCAGCACCUUCGACGCCUUCCCGCAGGCGCUGCUCACCUGCUUCCAGAUCCUGACCGGUGAGGACUGGAACAUGGUGAUGUACGAUGGCAUCAUGGCGUACGGCGGCCCCGUGUUCCCAGGGAUGAUCGUCUGCGUUUACUUCGUGAUCCUCUUCAUCUGUGGUAACUACAUCCUGCUGAACGUCUUCUUGGCCAUCGCUGUGGACAACCUGGCGGGGGGAGACGGAGACGACAAGAACAAACAGAAGAAGACAGAGGAAGUGACGGUGGAGGAACACACGGACACAAGAAGAAGAGGAAGAAGAGAAACAAAAAGAAGUGAAGGAUGGAAGACAGAGGAAGUGGCUUUUAUAAAAAUAGGAGCACAAGAAGAAGGGAAGAAGAGAAACAAAAAGAGACUUAUUGUCAGAACAGUAGAGGUGGACAUGGAUGAAGACACCGAGUACGAGGAGGAAGAGGAGCCCCCUGAAGGAGAAGAAAAUGAAAUCCCGUUAAAGAUGACGGACCUGGUUCCUCCUAAAGAGAAGGUUCUUCCAAUCCCAGAAGGCAGUGCGUUCUUCUGCCUCAGCAACACAAACCCUAUCCGUGUGGCCUGUCACACUCUGAUCCACCACCACAUCUUCUGCAACCUCAUCCUCGUCUUCAUCAUCCUCAGCAGCUGCUCAUUGGCUGCCGAAGACCCAAUCAGAGCCCACUCCUUCAGGAACAACAUUCUGGGUUAUGCGGACUACGCCUUCACCUCCAUCUUCACUGUUGAGAUUCUGUUUAAGAUGACGGUCCACGGAGCGUUCCUCCAUCAGGGCUCGUUCUGCAGAAACUGGUUCAACUUGUUGGAUCUGCUGGUCGUCAGCGUCUCACUGGUCUCCUUCUUCCUUCACUCCAGUGCGAUCUCUGUGGUGAAGAUCCUCCGAGUCCUCAGGGUGCUCCGACCUCUGAGAGCCAUCAACAGAGCCAAAGGACUGAAGACUCAGUAG